AUGGCGGCGGAGGGGGAGGACCCGCUGGGCUAUUUCGCGGCCUACGGCAGCUCCAGCUCCGACUCGGAGCCCGAAGAGCCGCAGCCCGACGAGCGCCCGGCGGGAGCCGCCGCGGCCUCGGGGGGCACCCCGGGGCGGCCGCGGCUGCCGCCGCCCGACGAGCUCUUCCGUCGCGUGUCGCAGCCGCCCGCCUUCCUCUACAACCCGCUCAACAAGGAGAUCGACUGGGAGAGCCGCGUGCUGCGGGCACCCGAGGAGCCCCCCAGGGAGUUCAAGGUGUGGAGGAGCAACGCCGUGCCCCCGCCGGAGACCUACAGCCCGCCCGAGAAGCCGCCGCCGCCGGCCCCCACCCUCGACAUGGCCAUCAAGUGGUCCAACAUCUACGAGGACAAUGGCGACGACGCGCCCCGCCAGGCCGGCAAAGCCAAGUUCCUGCCGGACGAGGAGCAGGAGCCCCUGGAGUCGGAUGGUGAAAAAGAUGAGGAACCAGCUUCUGCUAAGAAACGUAAAGUAGAGUCUGGAGAACAGGCAAAGAAGAAGAAGAAGAAGGUAUAAGCAGGAUUUGUUUUGGAUUUAAACAUAAUGAGAAUUUCAAGGAACUUGGAUUCCUCUGCUGAGAUGGGAAACAAUUAUGUGUUUACUGCAUUUCUCUCUCGGGUAGGGAAUUUUAUUUCUGUAGUGUGCUUGCCUUUUGGAAAGCACAAAAUUAAAUGGACAGUGUUGUGGUAGAACUUGUUUACUGAACAAAAUUUAAACCUGUUUAUUUGAAACAAGGAUUUAGAUGAAAGAUUCAUUGCCAUGGAUACUUGUGCUCAUGCAGGUUACAGGGCUUCACAGUAUUUUGUUUAUCAAGAAACCUGGUAACGUGCGUUCUUCUGGACUGACUUUUCCAUUGUGUCAAAACCUUUUAUAAAGGAGUAUAUACUAAAGAUUUUUUAGGUACUGGUCCGUGAUAUGUUCACAUAAUGUUGUUUUUAAAUAUAUGUAUAGACUGCAAAUAGUCAAUGGAAUAAAACUACAUUUGAAAACA